UCUUUCCAGUCUCUCCAUCUCUCAAAAUAUUCCUCUGUCACCUCCUCUCUUCUAUAUCUUCCAAGUGCUCCUCUUCCUUAUUUUAAUUUCCUUUAUCUUGUGUCUCCGAAGAUAUAUAAUUAUAGACAUGGUAGUGGCAUCCCCAACUCAAAUUCACGGGGAAAAACUCCUGGCCAUUGAGCUUCCUGUAAUAGAUCUCUCAGGCGAGAGAUCAAUGGUGUCCAGUCUCAUUGUCAAAGCCUGUGAAGAAUAUGGUUUUUUCAAGGUAAAAAACCAUGGCGUUCCUCAUGACAUCAUUGCCAAAAUGGAAAACGAAAGUUUCAACUUCUUUGCCAAAACAUUCGAUGAAAAGCAAAAGGCUGGGCUUGCUAAUUCCUUUGGUUAUGGCUGCAAAAACAUUGGCUUUAAUGGUGACACAGGAGAGGUUGAAUAUCUACUUUUUAAUACCAAUCCUCUCUCCAUUGCUGAAAGAUCCAAAACCAUCUCCAAUGACCCUACAGAAUUCAGCUCUGCAAUGAGCGGCUACAUAGAAGCAGUUAGGGAGCUGGCAUGUGAGUUAUUAGAUCUGAUGGCAGAGGGAUUGUGGGUCCUAGAUAGAUCAGUGUUCAGUCGACUAAUCAGAGAUGAUGACAGUGACUCAAUCAUCAGGUUAAAUCACUACCCUCCCAUGCCUAUACUCUGCAAGGAUAAGGACUCCUCAUCACCUUGUAACCACAACAAGGUAGGAUUUGGAGAACAUUCUGACCCUCAGAUCUUGACCGUCUUAAGAUCCAACGACGUGGGUGGCCUUCAGAUUUCCCUGAAUGAUGGUGCCUGGGUUCCAGUAACACCUGACCCCACUGCCUUCUGUGUUAAUGUGGGUGACUUGUUACAGGCAAUGACAAAUGGGAGAUUUGUAAGUGUGAGGCACAAAGCCCUAACCAAUUCAUACAAGUCUAGAAUGUCAAUGGCCUAUUUUGCUGCACCCCCACUUAAUGCAAGGAUCGCUGUUCCACCAGAAAUGGUUACACCCAUCAAGCCUGCUUUAUACAGGCCUUUCUCCUGGGCUGAAUUCAAGAAAGCUGCUUUUGCUCUGCGACUUGGAGAUAGCCGCCUUGGUCUGUUCAUGAUGGAAGUAGAUGAGCAAGUUGCUUGACGAGUUUUUGAUGGUUUAGUAUUAUGGAAUAUAAAUGUUUAAACAUCCAAGUCUAGCGUCUUUCUGUACCCCUGAAGGGGAAUUUUGCCGUUGGAUAUCCUUGCCAAUGCUA